GAGCUUGAUCUCGAGUCAGUCUUCGCCGCGUCCUUCCAGUUGGCGCUCCGACGGACUACGGCGUCGCGACGCUCUCUAUUACGUACCAUAAUCGCCACCUGGAAUUUUUCCUCAACACCUGUGCGUUAAAAUUAAUGUUGGUGUGUUUGCAAGAGACUAUCUAGAGGAAACGCCGUGUCUAGUUGAAGGACAUUUUCCAAAAAAAUUUGCUGGAUUUUUGGGCAACACGAUUAACGGCAUUAUCACUGGACUUUACGGGAGUGGCCAGUCGCCAUGUUUCCGUCGGUGUUGGUGUUCGCAGCCGCCUUAGGCCUGAUUUCCGGAUUGCCCUCGAUGCGAGACAGUCUGACUAAUCCCGUUCACGUCUACGAAGGCGACGAUGCUCUUAUUACGUGCGUGGUUAGGGAUAUUGGGGAGAACACCAUCAUGUGGAAGAAGGAGGACAGGGAGCGGCACAGCACCAGGGUAUUGACGGCGGGGGAUAAGAGGGUGACGGCUGAUAAGAGAUUCGCCGUCUUGCACGAUUCAUCCGCUUCGUCGGAUGAAACCUCCGACGUGCCUUCAGGAGGAGACGUUUGGGUCCUGGUUAUAAAAAAUGCUAAACCAUCCGAUUCGGGAGUAUACGUGUGUGAAGUGAAUAGUAAUCCCAUUGUUAGGAGUUUUCAUAAAUUAAGUGUACUGUCGAAAGCACUGCUACCGCCGAGUAACACAACGGAUGCCUCGCAGUACGAAGACCAGAAGCAACAGUUCAGUAGUAAAGCUCACAACUAUACCGACUGUUGCAUUGCGAAAAAUGUUUCGUCCAACUGUCUAGGGUUUUGCAACAUUCAGAGCAUUCUGGAAGGUAGUACUGGCCAAGAUCCUGAAAACUGCGAGUCAGAUUUUCCCUCAAUUGUGCGAUGCAUGGCAGACGGACGCAAUCACGUCCCUUGCUGCAUCCAGGAGAGAGUACCAGACAUAUGCCAGGAUGUGUGUCGCGGCGAAUACACUGCAAUUACCGACAACAUCAAAACACACUUUUCUUGUUCUGCUUACACCGAACAAACUUUAGCUUGCAUCGUUGAAGGCAUAGAACUCCUCCCCAGCCCGCCACAAAACGUGGAAGUGGAAGCCUUGACUGAAAAAUCCCUGAAAGUAUCCUGGACCCCUUCCUUAUCAAACUCCGAAACCGUCACAAACUACGUAAUCAACGUCACAUCGCUCCGCGCAUUUGACGAACACUUAAUCGAGACAACUUCCACCCCUAAACCCCCGAUGAGCAGUCACACCGUCCAGGUGAAAGUCCCCCCAAGUGAAAACACCACAACUUUGAACAAUUUGAACCCAUUCACAAUGUACGAAGUGACCGUAACCGCUGUCAACAUCCACGGCUCCAGCCUCCCUAGCUACACCGUUCGCUCCCUAACUCUCACCCCUGGCAAAAUGAAGACCACCAAAGUGGGCGAAGCCCCCCAGCUCCCCGAUAUCAAAACUUGCUGUGCAAAGAAAGGAAUCGCUCAUAAAACUUGCAUCAACAAACUUUGUGAUCCGGCUUUGGCCGACACUGCAGAGAUUACCGAUUUGAUGAUUUGCGCUCCGUGGGCCACCGACACUUUCAGCUGUUUGACCAAUGGACUUGACCACACUCCCUGUUGCAAAGCGAGGGGUUUGCCCGAACUGUGCCAACAGUUAUGCACCGGGAAUGUCUCCAGUAUCGAUUUCAACUACUUCAAGUGUUUGAGGUACAUGGGGGAGUACACGAAUUGUCUCCUUCAAGGCUAUGGCGUUUUGCCCAGUGCUCCCACUCAAGUGCAUAUCACUAACAUUGAGACUGAGUUUGCGAUUUUGCAUUGGUCGGCGCCCAAAACUCUAGGAGAUACCGUACUACAUUACAAUGUCCAUUAUAGAAGUGUUGCCACCUUUGAUAAUGAGUAUAAAGCGAUUCCGAAAGUUCACAGUCCGUUUAUUUUGGAAGAUUUGGAGAGUGAUACCGAUUAUGAGGUUUAUGUGGAGGCUGUCAACACCCAUGGGGUUGGGAUGCCGAGCAGUCGGAUCACGUUCCGGACAGAAAGCAAGAUUGUCGAGGAAAAAAUUGAAGAGGCUGCCGCGUACAACGUCACUGCAUGUUGUGUGGAAGCCGAUCUCAGCUCAGUAUGCCUCCCCUUGUGCUCCUACAACGCCAACAUGAGCGAUAUUAAACUCUUGGCGGGAGUGUGCGGUGCCGAAUUCCAUAAACUUCUCCGCUGUGGAGCUGGGGGUCGUAACCAUGGUGGUUGCUGUAGCCGACGAGGAGUACCACCAGCGUGUCUUUCGCUUUGUUCUGGUGUUAUUGUCGAUUCACUACUAGUCACUGCUACAACUUGUGUGCCAUAUAUUGGAAAUAUAGCUCAAUGUUUCGAAGAAGGAACUGGACUUCUCCCUGGACCCAUCUCCGAAUUACAUGCAACGGUGGUGGACGAACACUCGGUGUUGCUAGAAUGGGAACCACCAGCUGAAGGAGUGAACGUCAGCGACUACGUGGUGCAUUACCAAAAAGUGGACAACACGUCCAUGCAUGAAACGCUCUUAAAACUAGAUAACCAAGUAAAUGUGACUGGUACUACGACCACUCUCACGGGACUUGAACCCGAGUCAAUGUACCACAUUUUCGUGGUUUCACGCAACCAACAUGGUACUUCUCUCCCAUCGUCGAUUAUCGUGAUCAAACUUGUAAAAUCAGAUGGUCAGUGGGUCAAAGCUGUGACUUCACCUCCGCAUUCCCUGGCCGUGGCUGCGCAUAGCGCCACCUGGGUGACUAUCUCGUGGCAACCCCCCGAAUUCAGCCACCCCUCGGAGCAAAUAACGUAUCGAAUUUACCAUAAAUCAACCGCUGAGGAGAAUUUCCACGUUAUAAAUGUCACACUUACCUCGCACAUGAUCACAAAUCUAAAUCCCAACACGCAGUAUAUUAUUUACGUUACGGCCAUUACGGAAAAAGGGGCGAGUAUGCCGUCGGAGACUUUGAUUGCUUGGACGGAUCCAGCAUACCCGGCUUUUGUCGAACCGCCGACAGUACAUCCGAUCAAUUUGGUGAUUGAGGGAAGCAGUAUGACGAUCUUGUGCAUCGCCAUGGGGACACCGAUGCCUACCAUUUCGCUUUAUAUUUCGGGAAGGUUAGUGCGGCAGGAAACUACGAGGCAUAUGGUCACAGUGAUUCACAACGUGACGAGGGACAUGGACCAGAUUUCGUGUUAUGCUGACAAUGGGUAUGGCACGCCGAUGCAAGCCUCAAGGAAAAUCACAAUCAGUCACCCACCCCACAUCCAGGCCAGUGGCAUAACAAUGGCAGCUCUGGGCGACUCGGUCACUUUGGAGUGUAAAGUGGACGCCCAACCUGAACCUAAGAUGAUUUUCUGGAAGAACCACCAAGAACGAACACCGGUGAUCCAAGGCGGGAAAUACGACAUAAACACAAUGCCGAUGAAGGACGAGGAGGAUAAAUAUGUAAUGCAUUUGACGAUCAAACAGAUCACAGAUAUGGACGUUGGUGAUUAUUUCUGUCACGCUGAAAAUGCAUUCGGUAGCGCAACUCAAGCCGUUUCGGUGCGAAUUCGCAACGUUGCCGCAACACAUAACGUAACGCAGUGUUGUAUCGAACAGAACGUAACGUCGUCAUGUAUGGACGCCUGUUCCUUCUACCUAGAUAUGGACGCAGUGAUUGAUAAACCUGAAUGUAUCAACGAUUUUGAUAAGUUAAUGAAAUGCGCAGCUGAUGGUUCCGACCACCGCAGUUGUUGCACCCAGUGGGGAGUUCCCCGACGUUGUCUCGACUGGUGCCGAGGAGAGCCGAUUCUCAACAGCAAAAUCUGCGUCCUUUCUUACACCAAACAAAUCAUGAGUUGUUUCCACGAAGGUCGCGAGAAAUUGCCAGGACCUCCACAAAACGUACGAGUUGAAAACAUCGACUCACAUUCGGUUAACAUCAUCUGGGAUCCCCCCAUUAAGAACCCGCACACUGUCGAGUUGUACCGAGUGUUCUGGCGAUUGGCUGACAGUCAAGGCAAGGGUGGACUGAAGGGUGAUACCUCAGAAACGCAUUUGAAAAUCAGUGAUUUGAAAGAAGGGGCAACGUAUGAGUGUGUGAUUAAAGCAGGGAAUAGUAAAGGAACGUCGACUUUGACCGAACCGAUCAAGUUUACAGUUGGGGAAAAGUAUAUUACUUCAGCGGCCAGUCAUAGUGAUGAUAGUAGUCAUGUGGGAGUUGCUGUUGCUGUUGUUUUGGCCCUUGUUGUAGUGGCGGCGAUUGUGAUAGCAGCGGUUUGGUUCAUGAGGAGCAAGAAGAUGUUGAUUAAGAAUUCGAAUGGAGUGGCUUUCGAAAAUCCCAGCUAUUUGAGAGAGGUCAAUAUGGACCACAUACAGGUGCCACAGGGGCAAAGUGACGGCCCCACCGUAUCCAACGGGGCUGCCAACGGCAUUUCGGUGUCGUCCGCCUCUGGAGUGCAAGGCUGGAAGAACGAAGCUCUUCACGUACCUGCAGCGACCGAAGUGAAUCCGACUCUUUACGAAGAACUGAAAUUGGGGCAGGAUGGUGCCGGUUUCAAGCGACUUAAACCCUAGUAUGAGGCUAGAGUAGGAGAUGAGUCGAGAUUUUAGGAAAAAAUCGGUCACGUUAUUGUGAUAUAGUAAUAACAAAAAUAUAGUAUUCGUACCACCGGAAAGGUAUUUUACCUAAAUACCUCAUAUAGUGUAAUAUUUUUCUCUCCUAGGUGAUAAGGUUGUAAAAUUGUGAUUGAGAUAUAUUUGGGACAGGGGGGAGACUAGAUUAUUGUUAGUGAAAAUGAUAAAAAAAGAUGUAAAAUAGAAAAUUUUUGUAAAUGCACUUGUAGAUUGUAAAUUAGUAAAAACAGUCCAAAUAUUUGUAUUAUUGAUAGGUUAAGCUAAUAAUUGACUGAAUGUUUUAUGAUGUAGUGGAAAACGUUCAUCACGUGUGUGUUAAUUUGAGUGAUAUUUGUUAACAUUCCAGAAUUUUGAUUUUUGAUCAAGGAACUUGGUCUUAUUGCAAAAUAUCAAUACCAGCACACAAAUAAUAAACAUAGUAAUUGUUAAUUAAAAUAAUAUAGCUUCUAGUCUUAUGUAAUAUAACUGUUAUGUAAUAGAAAUAAAGCCAUGUUUCUUGAUUGUAGGUGAUUCUUAAUGAGCGAUGAAUGAGGAUUUAAUAUAUAGAUUAAAAAAUACACGUAUUGUGCCUUUCUCACUUUCUUGUAAGGAAAUCUAAUUUCAAAACAACAUGUAGAGAUUUUUAGAUAUUUCUUUGUACAUAAUUUUUAAAAAUUUGUAAAAUAAUAUGAUGUCACAGAUAGCAAAGGCAAUAGAAAUAAAUACGAAAAACUGAAAA